GAGAGCGAGUUAAACCGAAACACCAGACGAACUUUGCUUGACUUGGAGGGGAGAAGCUCUACGCCCCCGCGGUUGUUUGUUCACAAAAAUGUUGGCGAAAAAGUUCUUAAAACCUUGCUUUUCUGCACUGAGACAUGUCUCCGGUCGAGGACAGGUGCUUUCUGCUGUCUCCGCAAGACAGCAGCACAGUCAGUCUGAGUACGUCUCCCAGCCCGCCGCCCCGAACCGGCCCGAGACCUCCAGCGCCAAGACCCUGAUGGACAUCGGCACCCGCCGGAUCUUCACCGAGGACCACGACCUGUUCCGACGCAGCGUCAGGCGCUUCUUUCAGGAGGAGGUGGUCCCGCACCACGCACAGUGGGAGAAGGCGGGUCAGGUGAGCAGGGAAGUGUGGGAGAAGGCCGGCGAGCAAGGCCUCCUGGGGGUGACCACGCCGGCGGAGCUCGGCGGCAUCGGAGGAGACCUCUUCUCCGCCGCCAUCGUGUGGGAGGAGCAGAUGUACAGCAACUGCUCCGGCCCGGGCUUCAGCCUGCACUCCGACAUCGUCAUGCCGUACAUCACCCACUACGGCAGCGAGGAGCAGAUCGAGCGCUUCAUUCCCGAGAUGACCGCCGGGAAGUGCAUCUCCGCCAUCGCCAUGUCGGAGCCGGGAGCCGGCAGUGAUCUGCAGGGGGUGAGGACGUACGCCAAGAAGGACGGCGACGACUGGAUCCUCAACGGAAACAAGGUGUUCAUCACCAACGGCUGGAUGUCGGACCUGGUGGUGGUCGUGGCCGUGACGAACCGCGAGGCGAAGACGGCGGCCCGCGGCAUCAGCCUCUUCCUGGUGGAGGACGGCAUGAAGGGCUUCCACAAGGGGCGCAAGCUGGAGAAGAUCGGCCUGAAGGCUCAGGACACGGCCGAGCUGUUCUUCGAGGACGUUCGACUUCCGGCCAGUUCGGUCUUAGGGGAGGUCAACAAAGGUUUCUUCUACCUGAUGAACGAGCUGCCUCAGGAGCGUCUAUUGAUCGCCGACAUGGCCAUCGCCAGCUGCGAGUUCAUGUUCGAGGAGACCAGGAACUACGUGAUGCAGCGGAAAGCGUUCGGGAAGACCAUCUCUCACCUGCAGACGAUCCAGCACAAACUGGCCGAGCUGAAGACGGAGGUCUGCGUGGGCCGGGCGUUCCUCGACAGCUGCCUCCAGCUCCACGCCGAGGGACGCCUGGACUCCGCCACCGCCUCCAUGGCCAAGUUCUGGGCGUCGGACCUGCAGAACAAGGUGGCCACGCAGUGCGUGCAGAUGCACGGAGGCUGGGGAUACAUGUGGGAGUACCCCAUCGCCAAGGCGUUCGUGGACUCCAGGGUGCAGCCCAUCUACGGCGGAACCAACGAGAUCAUGAAGGAGCUCAUCGCUCGCACCAUCGUCGCUCCCAGCUGAGAACAGACGGGACGCUCCCCGUCGCCCCCGGCACUUUAGUGAAUGUGGAAUAAAUCGCAGAUUGUCAAACGUGAGGCCCGUGGGCCUGAACCGGCCCUUUACGAGGCUCCAGUUCGGCCAAAGCAUCGAGCCUUAUGUUUGACACCCUUUGAUGCUUUCAGAUCUAAUAAAAACAAAUUAAUAUUAAUUCAGUGCCAGUAGUUUUGGCUGGCGA